ACACUAAUGAUACACCAUACCCCUGAUAUAUUAUAUUGCAAGUAAUAACCACAGCCUAUUUUCUUCAUUACUCAGCAAUAUUUCUACUACGCAACUUACUUGAUCUGUUGUUUCUGCGUGUUUCGUAUCUCAAUUCAAGCAAGAAUUCAAAAUGCAUAUCAGACCUGGUACAGCGCAAGACCUGCCGGACUGCGCAACAAUCUCUUGCAAUGCUAUGUUCGAUGAUAAUUUGACCGCCUAUGUGGCCCCUUAUCGCCAUAGUCACCCGGAGUGCCUGCGCCACGGUAUUCUCCUACGGACCAAGAAAAGAUACUAUGGCGGCGAUAGGGUAUUGGUUGCCGUGACUGACGAGAACGAUGCUGAUUGGGAUGGGAACGAAAAGGUCAUCGGCCACCUUUCAGCAAGCUCGACCCUUGACGCAAAAUCAAGGCCCUCGUCGUUUUCAUGGGAAGGCCUUGAGCUACGGCUUCUUCAUCUGGAAGAAUUGUUUAUCUGGUACACAGGCUCAGACAGGUCGAUCUCGAAAAGCAAAUGGUCCGAAUUUGCAGCGGGAAAGUCAGCGGGCUGCAAAGACCCAUAUUCCGACUUCAAUGCAUACUGGCACGUUUCCCAUCUGUCAGUAGACCCGGCUUAUCAUCGACGUGGCGUUGCCACGGCCUUGAUGGAGAACGUGAAAUGUCUUGCUUCCAAGGACAGCCUACCAAUCGUGCUUCUUGCAAGCAUUCAGGGAAGACUUCUAUACUUAAAAGUUGGCUUUCGCGAACUUGGACAGGCCAACGAAGGAACACUGUAUGCCGCCAGUGUAAUGGCCUGGUAUCCUGAAUCUUCCAAAUAA